AUGGUUCGAUGUAAGCCUUGCGCCCCUUUAAGAAAUUGCCAAAGCCGUGAAUUACGUGGCGGCAUACUUUACACAGACUGCUAUUGUCUCCGUAGAAACGGAUUGCAGUGUUCUCCUUGUGGUCCCAUGGUUUGUUACAAAUAUGAAGACUGUGGUCCACCGAAAAGUAGAACUACGGAAGGAGUUCCAAAAGCCGAGGAUGAUGAUGCAGAAAAAAAAGGAUCAAAAGAAAAUCAGCUUAAGAGGACAAAGAGCCGCGAACUCCGUGGAGGAAUUAUGUAUUAUAGCUGUCAUUGUAUAAAGAGGAAUGGUCUCCAACACGACUGUCGCAGGACCGGUUGUGGUGGAGAACCCACGUGUUUAGUUUUACCAGAUCCUUUAUGCGCACCAAGCCAACUGGCACGUGCACGAGGACUUGCUGAUCCUGCACCUCUUGCUGACCAUCUCCGUGCUCAAGGGGGCACUUCAGGAAAUUCUUCAGGAAAUUCUUCAGAAUUUCAUCAGAGUAGCGGCAAAAGGUUUAUAGUUUGUGAACUUAAAGGGUUGACGUCUGAUGUAUCAUCAAAUAAACCUAAAGAAUGUUGUUGCUGUACCCGUGAAGAGAACUCUUUGGGCACAACUACAGCGGCUGCAGGAUUACCUGUAUUAGUGAUGAAACUAUGCUAAUUAUCUUUCGGGUUAAGACAUAAUUUGCAACAAAAUAAUAAAUAAAUAAUUACCAAGUA